GAUCGUUAUGGCGUUCUCCGCGGCCGCUGGACGAGGCGUCUGGGCGGAGAAUGCUGUCGAUACGCUCGCCGCGCACUUCGAUCGAGCUCACAACUCGCUUCUGCUGAUUCAAUACAGAUUGGACGAGGAGCUCAGCCGAAUCUACGGGAAUGACGAUGUAAACCCGAUGAAGAUCCAAGCGCGCUUGAAUAAGCUCCAGGAGGAGCUCCCUGUGUUGGAAGCCGAGUGUAAGAGGCUUCUAGCCGCCAAGCAGGAGUUUAUAGAGCAAACGGUUGGCUCACUCCUUCACAACAAAGCCACACUGGAAUCUUUGCAAGCCCGGGCUGGCACUGCCACAAACAACGAAGACGUCGACCAGCCGGACGAAUCAUCGGCCCAAUCGCUCGAGAAGAUUCUCAAAGAAUGGAAAGAACUCAAACCCCUGUGAGCGGAUCUACCAGAUCCUCGGAGAUGAGAUAAGAAGCUUUCGUUUAAGUUCGUAAAAGCUACCUGUGCUAACUCUUUCACAAGGAAAUUACAAUUCGACUCCACAACUCUAUCUUA